UGAUCAAAAAAAUCUUCCACCAAAGCUCAUUUCUUCUCUGAUCAUAUCAAUUUAAUUUUUAUCUUGUGUGAUUUCUUCUUCGCAAAAUUAUUUGCUGCAUCCUACAGAAAGACGAUGAGUCUAUCAGAAGCUCUGAAGAAGCAUCUCCGCGUAGACGCGAAGAAUGGUUCACGAUCAGCCAUUCUCUACGCCCAGAUUGCUCUGUUUACUGCAACAAUUUUUGUGUGGAAAACCAGGCUAUGCGCAGAACAUGAUCGCACCGGAUUCAAAACGGGCGUUGGCUUACCAAAUCAUAGCCAUUCUGGUAUCUAAUUCGAGUUCGAGGCGUUUGAGUCGUCAUCUUAAAUUCAUCCAUAGACCCUGUGGCUCCAAGGUAAAUUCAAUAGCAAAUCGCAUCUGCUUGAUUUUAGCUAUUGUUUUAGAGAAAUUUUAUGAGAAAUCCUUGGGUAGUCUGGGUUUUGCCUUGAGCAAUACUGUUUUGUUUCUAAUCCUACUGGUCAUAAUCCGACUCUCCACAGACCUUGGGUUGUUCGGUUUUCUAAUUGGAGUCAUUGGAUCGGUUGCUUACGAUCUCUUUGUACUCAAAUUUCAAACUUGGAUAAUUGUGGCCAUCUGUUUUCAGCUAUUGGGUUUUAGGAUAUUCAGAAUAUUCUUUCUUCGAAAAGGAAGAUUAGGAAGAUCUCCCAGCGCAACAUCCUCAUACAAGGCUUCGGAUUGGGAAGCUGUUCAUAGCACAGAAAGCACUAAUGUCCUUUGAAUUGGAUUUGAGUUCCCCCAUUGAAUCUGGUUGGCAUUCUUGAAAAGGAUGGGCUGCCUGCACCACCUUCUAUGUUGUCAAGCAUUUUUUGUUUUGUAGUUGUGUUUGUAUUUUGUUUCUGAAUUGGUUGCCGUAUUUGGUUUUCACCUUUCACAUAUGCAUCUUCUGUUUUCUGGGCCAAAAAAAGAAAAAGAAAAAAUGGAUUGGCAG